GGUAGUGCUGGCUGUAUGACACCGCGCGCCGUCACCCCCGUUUCAUCGCCCGCAUACAACUUCUGUCUGUUGAGCCUAGCACCCACACCCAGUCGCAUUUUGCCGGUUGAACACAGUGUACGUGUUUAUUUUAACUCCACACCAAAUAAUCUAGAUCUCUAAACAAUGGCCUGCUCAGUGAGUGAUUCCCCCUCCCUGAAGGACCUGCCCAAGGUCGCCACUGACCUCAAGAGCCAACUGGAAGCUUUCAAUCCCAGCUGCCUGAGAGACGUCGACACCAAUGAGAAGAUCGUUCUGCCAUCCGCGGAAGACGUUGCACAGGAAAAGCAACACACGGCUCUACUACACGACCUAGAAAAAUUUCAGACUUCCUCUCUAAGGAAAACGGACACCGUAGAAAAAAUUGUGUUACCCAACGCUAUAGAUGUUGCCACUGAAAAAACUCAAAAGUCCCUAUUUGACGGCAUCGAAAAAUUCGAUGCGACCAGACUGAAGCAUACAGAGACACAAGAGAAGAACCCUCUUCCGGACAAAGAUGUUGUCGCAGCGGAGAAGGCCCAUCAGAACCUUCUAGAUGGCGUCGAACACUUCGACAAGACACAAAUGAAGCACACAACGACAGAAGAGAAAAAUCCUUUGCCGCCCAUUGAAGCUAUCGAAGCCGAGAAGGAGAAGAACAAGUUCUUGAACGGCAUCGAGAACUUCGACCCCACUAAGCUGAAGCACACCGAGACCUGCGAGAAGAACCCGCUGCCCACCAAGGACAUCAUCGAGCAGGAGAAGACGGCUUGAAUUGCCUUUUAUACGCAACUAUAUAUCGCUAGUAUCGCCGUAUUUUAGACUCGAUAUAAGUUUUGUAAGGCCAGCUGACGUAGCCCGUGUCUAAUAUCCCGAUCGCACCGGAUCGAUCCGCUUUUAACCGGAUCGAUCCGGCUCUAAGCGGCGCGGGCCGCGUCGUCUGUAUUUAGAACGUAGGAAACUAAUUUUCUAUGUCACUCUUAACUAUAUAUAUGUGAUAAGUGUAUUUUAUGAGCAUUUUUAUUUUAUUUAUAAUGAGAAUCGAUUAAAUUUUAAGAUUGAGUACUGAUUUUAUUUUAAGUUAAAGAACACACUGCGCUCUGGAUUCGAUUUUAACACUAUGUAAACGCUUCGUGCUUGUGUUCUAUUUUAUUUUAACUGAUAAAUGUUUAAGAUUGUUUUCGAGAGAUUCAAGAGUCUGGUCGCCGAAUUGUUCUAUAUUUAUUAGAAGUAUAGUUACCAAGACUAUUCGAAUCGUAUUACCAUUAUUCUUUCAAAUUUAUAUUUUUCUUAUUUAUGAUAUAGAAAUAAUCAAAGGAUCGAAAAUUAUAGGGUUAACAUUAAAUGCUCAACUGCGUAUAUUAGAGCUAAGAACUUUUUUUUUUAUAAUUUUGAAAGCAAUUCUGUUAUCUUGUGAUGAAUGAACAAUAAAUUUUUAUACUGUCGUAUUACAUGAUAACCAUACAAUAAUUUUUUCAAUUUUAUAAUACGCUAACGAUGCCAAUAAAAAUUUUAUCGAAAUUUUGUAUGUUUUACAGACGGUGCUUUUUCUAAUAUAGAAUGAAAAAUAA